CCCCCCUUUCCGCUCCCUGUACCCAUUAUAGUUCUGGAAUGUCAGCGCUGAGAUGGUACAAUCCGGCCUUGUUUUACGGCUGGAGAAACUGAGGCCCAGGAAAAAAAGAGCGCCUCGGUCACGUGGCGUCCACGCAAAUGAGGGGACUAGACCCUGGGACCCCGACUCCCAGACCCUGCUGCCGACAGGGAGUGGUGUGCUUCGAAGGACUGUGCAUCGCCGUCCUCCAAAGCGGGCAGUGAAGGCCACCCAUGGGGCCUGCACAGAGACUCUGAAAAGAGUAGUUUUCCUGUGGCCACGACGGGAGGAAGGAGAGAAACCCAUCUCUUUUGGGAGCCUUGGAGGCAGCAGAGGGAGGCUUGCUCAUACCGCUGCGUUCAGCUGACCACCUGGGCCCAUAGUCUUUUAUCACAUGGGCUUCAUCACAGCACGAUCGCCUCAGGGUUCCAAGAGACUGAGAAUCUCCAAGGCCUCUUGAGCUGACGCUCAGGAGGUUUCCACGUCACACAGGUUCCAGAUUUCACAGGUUGUACUGUAUUUUAUUUCUUUAAAGAAAAUCUGGGGCAAAAAGAGGCAAAACAUGAAGAUUUGGUAAUCCUGGGUGUGCCUUGGAGUUUAACAGGAUUUUCUGAACAUUUAUGUAUGCGUUUAACCAAUCAACAGCUUACCUUGGAAUAGGAAGCCCACUUUGGACCCUUUGAAGUCCAUAUGGCUCUGUAUGAUGAAGAUCUCCUGAAAAACCCGUUCUAUCUGGCUCUUCAGAAGUGGCAUCCCGACUUGUGCAACAAGGUGGCGAAAGCCCAUGGGAUUGUCUUAGUACCCUGCAAAGGAAGUCUGUCGAGCAGCGUCCAGGCUACUUGUCAGUUUGAGUCCUACGUGUUGAUACCAGUGGAGGAGCAUUUUGAGACCUUAAAUGGAAAGGAUGUCUUUAUAGAAGGAAACAGAAUUAAACUAGGAACUGGUUUUGCCUACCUUCUGUCAGUGCCCAUUCUCUUUGAAGAAACCUUCUACAAUGAAAAAGAAGAGAGCUUCAGCAUACUGUGUAUAGCUCAUCCUUUGGAAAAGAGAGAGAGUUCAGAAGAGCCUUCAACAUCCCCAGACCCUUUUUCUCUGAAAACCAUUGAAGAUGUGAGGGACUUUUUGGGAAGACACUCAGAGAGAUUUGACAGGAAUAUCGCCUCUUUCCAUCGAACCUUCAGAGAGUGUGAAAGAAAGAGCCUCCGACACCACAUAGACUCAGUGAACGCUCUCUACACCAAAUGCCUUCAGCAGCUUCUGAGGGACUCUCACCUAAAAAUGCUUGCCAAGCAGGAAGCCCAGAUGAACCUGAUGAAGCAGGCAGUGGAGAUGUACGUCCAUCACGAUAUUUAUGAUCUGAUCUUUAAAUAUGUGGGGACCAUGGAGGCAAGUGAGGAUGCUGCCUUUAACAAAAUCACAAGAAGCCUUCAAGAUCUUCAGCAGAAAGAUAUUGGUGUGAAACCUGAGUUCAGCUUCAACAUACCUCGUGCAAAGAGAGAGCUGGCCCAGCUGAACAGAUGCACGUCCCCACAACAGAAGUUGGUUUGUUUGCGAAAGGCAGUCCAGCUAAUUACUCAGUCUCCGAGCCAGAGAGUUAACUUGGAGACCAUGUGUGCUGAUGAUCUGCUGUCCGUCCUGUUAUAUUUGCUUGUGAAAACAGAGAUUCCUAACUGGAUGGCAAAUUUGAGCUAUAUCAAAAACUUCAGGUUUAGCAGCUCAGCAAAAGAUGAGUUGGGAUACUGCCUGACCUCAAUUGAGGCUGCAAUCGAAUAUAUUCGGCAGGGAAACCUCUCCGUUAAACCACCCGAGUCUGAGGGGUUUGGUGACAGACUGUUCCUGAAGCAAAGAAUGAACUUGCUGUCUCAGAUAACUUCAACUCCCAUCGACUGCUUGUUUAAGCACAUUGCAUCAGGUAACCAGAAGGAAGUAGAAAGACUUUUGAGCCAAGAGGACCAUGAUAAAGAUGCCGUCCAAAAGAUGUGUCACCCUCUAUGCUUCUGUGAUGACUGUGAAAAACUUGUCUCUGGGAGGCUGAAUGAUCCUUCAGUUGUCACUCCAUUCUCCAGAGACGACAGGGGUCAUACACCGCUCCACAUGGCCGCUGUCUGUGGGCAGGCGUCACUCAUUGACCUCCUGGUUUCCAGAGGCGCCGUGGUGAAUGCCACAGACUACCACGGGUCAACCCCACUGCACCUCGCGUGUCAGAAGGGCUACCAGAGCGUGACGCUGCUGCUGCUGCACUACAAAGCCAGCGCCGACAUGCAGGACAACAACGGCAACUCUCCUCUCCACCUGGCCUGCGCGCACGGCCACGAAGACUGCGUGAAGGCUUUGGUCUACUAUGAUGUGCGCUCCUGCAGACUGGAUAUCGGUAACGAGAAAGGAGACACUCCCCUACACAUAGCUGCACGCUGGGGCUACCAAGGCAUCAUAGAGACAUUGCUACAGAAUGGAGCGUCUACAGAGAUCCAGAACAGACUGAAAGAAACACCACUCAAGUGUGCAUUGAAUACAAAGAUUCUGUCGAUAAUGGAAGCCAGGCAGCUGGCCUUUGAAAGGAGGCAGAAGUCUUCUGAGGUCCCUGCUCAGUCCCCUCGGCGCUCUGUGGAUUCCAUCAGCCAGGGGUCCUCCACCUCCAGCUUCUCCUCCGUGUCAGUGAGCUCUAGGCAAGAGGAGACCAAGAGGGACUACAGAGAGGUAGAAAAACUUUUAAGAGCUGUUGCUGAUGGAGAUCUAGAAAUGGUGCGCUACCUCCUGGAGUGGACAGAGGAUGAGCUGGAUGAAGUGGAGGAUGCUGCCGGUGCCGUGGAUCCGGGCUUUUGCCACCCCUUGUGCCAGUGCCCCAAAUGUGCUCCAGCUCAAAAGAAGCUGGCCAAGAUUCCUGCCAAUGGGCUUGGUGUGAAUGUGACCAACCAGGAGGGCUCCUCCCCACUGCAUGCUGCUGCUCUGCAUGGUCGGGCUGACCUCAUCCCCCUCCUGUUGAAGCACGGUGCCAAUGUGGGGGCCAGAAACGCAGACCAGGCUGUUCCACUCCACCUUGCCUGCCAGAAGGGCCACUUUCAAGUGGUGAGGUGUCUAUUAGAUUCUAAUGCAAAAGCCAAUAAAAAGGAUAUAAGUGGAAAUACACCCCUCAUAUAUGCCUGUUCCAGUGGCCAUCAUGAAGUCGCUGCACUGUUGCUACAGCAUGGAGCCUCCAUUAAUGUUUCUAACAACAAGGGGAACACAGCGCUGCAUGAGGCCGUGAUAGAAAAGCAUGUCUUUGUGGUAGAGCUGCUUCUGCUUCAUGGAGCAUCAGUUCACGUUGUGAACAAGAGGCAGCGCACACCUAUAGAUUGUGCUGACCAGAAUUCGAAAAUUAUGGAAUUACUUCAGGUAGUACCAAGCUGUGUGGCCACAUUAGGUGACGUGGAUGAAACAGACCACAAGGAGUACGUUACUGUUAAGAUCAGGAAAAAAUGGAACUCAAAAAUGUGUGAUUUACCAAAUGAACCUUUUACAAGACAGUUUCACUUUGUCCGUCCAGCUGGUCAGUUGAAGCAGAGAGGCAAAGAGCCACACUGAAGCUGAAUCACCUGCCAGACGAGAGCGGACCUCCAACUGCUGACAGAGGAAAGCGAUCAGCCUGAGAGGCCUGCACUGGAACAGACUGCUCCUGGAAACAGGCGGAAGCUUCGCAGAGACACGAUCAAUGAUGUAGUUGGAUUCACGGACCCAGAGGCUGGCAACCUAACCACUCCCUAAGAGUCUAGUAUUUCCCAGGCUUAACUGUAAUAAGGAAUUGUGAAAUUUGCUGCCAAGAAGUAAAUACUCAUCAAGAAGAUGCUGAGCAUGAAUACAGCUUAGAACUCAAUGUCCCUUCAAAUAACUUGGCUUGAGAGAGUUAAGUCUUCAGCUUUUCUGUAGGACAGUGGCUGAGGGAAAGAAUGCAACAAAAAAGUAUCACUCUCUCCUCUUCAAAGCUAAUCAGUGAAGUUUAAAAGAACAGACAGGAAUUCCAGUAGCGUCCAGAUGCCGAAGUCCAGGGUGUGUGCUUCUUUUUAAGUAUUAGGCUCCUUGGUUAUAGUGAGGCUUUGCCACCAGAUUCUGACCACCUCCUGAAAGGUGCUAAUCCUCUGUGCUACAUAAUAAAUUAGCAAACCGUAAGCUAAUAAGAAUUCCCCCAGCUGGGAUAAGCUGAAGAGAAGCAAUUAGGUUUCAAGAUAACGUGGAGGCCAGGCAGAAGUCACAUCUGAAUGAAGAAAACAGAUCCUGGAAAAAUGUUCCUUUGCAAAGCUUGAACCCAAAGAUGCCUAAAUAUCAUGCUGACGGUCAUUUUAGGGAACACCGUGUGCAUGGAAAAGUCGGGUGUAAUUUUUCUAGCAGACUUAAGUACAGGUACCUGGUCACUGCAAAUACGCACCUGUCGCAGUGACUCUAGAAACACCCCUUUCCGUUAAAAACGUCCCUUAAAUGUCACACCUGAAGGUGGUUACUGAACUAGAGAGUAGAUUUGGCACAUCUUUUCUUAAGUCUUUUUAUUCAAAUUCAAAACUUACAGCACAAACCAGGUUAAAAUUACUUUAGAAUUUGUUGCAAUUUAUUCCUUUUUAUAAAUUUCUAUAUAGUUAUUUUUUUAUGUUACUAAUUGGCCUCCAGCAGCAAACAUGGGCUUGUCCUGAGUACAUUUUCAAAUAACUUUGUAAUAGGGAAUUGGUUUUAUGCAUGUUCUUGGAAACACGUGUGUGUAUAGAAGGGAGGGAUUGAUUAUUUUUCUAUGAAGUAAUUUAUGAUUUCUAAUUUUCUAAUGUGCCUUGGAUACGUGCCAAAUGAUGGAAAAGAAAUAGUAAACUUUACGAUUCUUGUGUGUGUCAUGGUACACUUUUUUAGUUAAUAUUUUGCUGUGAGUAUGUAUGAGUUUAUCAAUACAAGCCAUUUUCAAGCUGAGAAUACAUACAUUUGAUACCACCUAACUUUUUAGGUGGUGCAGUAUAAUUUUGACAAUGCAUCCACGUACACCCCUAUUUAAUUCUAACAAUCACCCUGGCGGUAGAAUUGUCAACGAGGAAACAGAUUCAGAGAAAUAAGGCGGCCGACUUGCUCGGAAUGUCGGAGCCAGGAUAAAGGCCAGGUUGGCAGUGGCAUCUGAACCUGUGGCUCCCAGCUCGGUGUGCCCUUCAUCUGCAGAUAUAAACGCUGUGAAUGGGACUCAAGUCUUGGGGGAAAAGUUUUCUCUCUUCGAGCUAUUCUAGCACUCCGUAGUGUAAGCCACCUUAAGUGACUACCUUAUUUUUUAAAAACUCUUGUUUUUCUUCAGUUGUAUUCCCUACUUAAACUCUGACGAUUCAGAAACUGGUACUGCCUGAAUUUGUUUUGUGUAAGAAAGUUCUCAAUUCAGAGUCCUGUCAAUUUCCUAAGAAUAAAUAAGAACGUUCAGAAUAACCACGCCUCACUUCCCAGACAGAACUGUACUCUGCCCUUGUGUCGCCAGCAGGGUCCUCUCUGACUGUAUACACAACCACUUCUGAUCCUGACGUCCCUGAGGAGUUUGCUCAUCUUUAAACAAGCUCACGGUGAAAAGCGGCAUUAGGGCAGUGGUCACUCUGCAGAAGGCAUGCAGCACCUGCUGACAAUUGUCUCCCUCCACCAUUUUUAUGUAAAUAAGCCUAAAUUAAAAUUUACCUGUAACUAGGAUUUUUUUUUUCCAAAUUUCUGAUCAAAUUUUAGGUCUGUUUUUCUUUUAAAAAAAAAAAAAAGUUCUUAAUGGUUCUACUCAUGUUAGA